AUGGCCAAGCGCACCUUCUCUACAUUAGAGACGUUCCUGAUCUUCCUUCUCGUGAUGAUGACUGCUAUCACGGUGGCCCUUCUCAGCCUCUUGUUUAUCACCAGUGGGACCAUUGAAAACCCCAAAGGUUUUCCAUCCACUGAGAGCCCUCAGACCACCCAGAGCCCCACAGCUACCCAGGGCUCCACACUCACACAAGGCCCCACAGCCACCCAGGCGUCCCCAGUGACUACUACCCCAGAGCCUCCUCUCUUUCAGAACUUCAGUGGCUACCACAUAGGUGUUGGGCGAGCUGACUGCACAGGACAAGUAGCGGAUAUCAAUAUGAUGGGCUACAGCAAAAGUGGCCAGAAUGCACGGGGCCUCCUCACCAGGUUGUACAGUCGUGCUUUCGUCAUGGCAGAGCCUGAUGGGUCCAAUCGAAUGGCAUUUGUGAGCAUCGACAUAGGCAUGGUAUCCCAACGAUUGAGGCUGGAGGUCCUGAACAGACUCAAGAGUAAAUAUGGCUCCCUGUACAGGAGAGACAAUGUGAUCCUGAGUGGCACUCACACGCACUCGGGACCAGCCGGGUAUUUCCAGUAUACCGUGUUUGUAAUUGCCAGCGAAGGAUUUAGCAAUCGAACUUUUGAUUACAUGGUCACUGGCAUCGUGAAGAGCAUUGAGAUAGCACACACAAAUAUGAAACCAGGAAAGAUCUUUAUGAAUAAAGGAAUUGUGGAUGGUACGCAGAUCAACCGAAGCCCCACUUCUUAUCUUCAAAACCCACCGGCAGAGAGAGCAAGGUAUUCUUCGAAUGUAGACAAGGAAAUGCUAGUCUUGAAAAUGGUAGAUUUGAAUGGAGACGACUUGGGCAUUAUCAGCUGGUUUGCCAUCCACCCUGUCAACAUGAACAACAGCAAUCAUCUUGUAAAUAGCGACAAUAUGGGAUAUGCAUCUUACCUGUUUGAACAAGAAAAGAACAAAGGACAUUUACCUGGACAGGGGCCGUUUGUGGCAGCCUUCGCUUCAUCAAACCUCGGAGAUGUGUCCCCCAACAUUCUCGGCCCACAUUGCGUCAACACAGGGGAGUCCUGUGAUAACGCGAACAGCACUUGUCCCGUUGGAGGGUCUUCCAUGUGCAUGUCUAGGGGACCUGGACAGGAUAUGCUCCACAGCACACAAAUUAUAGGACGGACCCUAUACCAGAGAGCUUCGGCAAAGACAUGCAAACCAGCGCUGGGCUACAGUUUCGCAGCUGGCACCAUCGAUGGAGCUGGGGCCUUCAACUUCACGCAGGGGACAACAGUACCAGAUCCAUUUUGGGAAAGUCUUCGGAAUCAGAUCUUGGGCAAGCCAUCUGAUGAAAUCAAAGAGUGUCAUAAACCAAAGCCAGUCCUUAUUCACACUGGAGAGCUGUCCAAACCUCAUCCCUGGCACCCGGAUAUUGUUGACAUUCAGAUCAUUACUCUUGGGUCCUUGGCCAUAACUGCUAUUCCUGGGGAGCUUACGACCAUGUCUGGACGAAGAUUUCGGGAGGCAAUUAAAGCAGAGUUUGCAACUUAUGGGAUGCGGGAUAUGACUGUUGUUAUUUCGGGUCUGUGCAAUGUAUAUACACAUUACAUUGCCACCUAUGAAGAAUACCAGGUUCAGCGGUAUGAGGCGGCGUCUACAAUUUAUGGACCACACACCCUGUCUGCUUACAUCCAGCUCUACAGAGGCCUUGCUAAGGCCAUUGCUACGGAAACAGUGGCCAAUCUGAGCAGAGGUCCAGAGCCUCCAUUUUUCAAAGAAUUGAUAAAACCAUUAAUUCCUAAUAUUGUGGAUAGACCACCAAUGGGCAAGAAUUUUGGGGAUGUCCUGCAGCCGUUGAAUUCUAAAUACAGAGUGGGAGAAGUUGCUGAAGUUACAUUUGUAGGCGCUAAUCCAAAGAAUUCAGCAGAAAAUCGGACCCAUCAGACUUUCCUCACUGUGGAGAAAUAUGAGGACGCUUCAUCGUCAUGGCAGGUAGUGCAUAAUGAUGCCUCCUGGGAGACUCGUUUCUAUUGGCACAAGGGAUUACUGGGUCAUAGCAAUGCAACGAUUCAAUGGCAUAUUCCAGACACUGCCAAGCCUGGGAUCUACAGAAUAAGAUACUUCGGACACAAUCGGAAGCAGGACUUUCUCAAGCCCGCUGUCAUACUUUCAUUUGAAAGUACUUCCUCCGAUUUUGAAGUUGUAACUACUUAG